AUGUCACCUACUAGUAUGUACAUAGCUUGGGGUUGGAAAGAUAUCAUUCCCCAAUUGCCUGCUCUCAUUCAUGCUUUUCAAACAUCGGAGAUGAACACUCCCAAAAUGAGAAGGUUGUGCAAAUUUACAGCACUACCAGAAGCAAUGAAUAACAUAGGCGACAGAUCAGAUGUUUACAGUUUCAGAAUUUUUCUUGGUACUAUAAUAACGGUUAAGGUUUCAUAUGAGACUUUGGAUAGAUUAACGGCUAGACACACAAGCCUUAGGUGUUAUCGGGUCGCUUGUCUCAGAAUUAAAUACGCCUACUACACCAACAACAACGCCUCUCCUGGUCACUCCUUCAACAUCAAACUCAACAUCGACACUGGUGUUAAGGGAUCAAUUUGA